CCCGGCAGUUCUGCGGAAGGUGAUGUCCUGUGUUUCAGCCUUUCAGCAGUCAAGCCACAUGAAAUUUGUUUUUCAUUUGAGAUGGGAAAACGAAACCUACGGAGUUGGAGAGUAACGCGCUGGCACCUGACACGGGUACACCAUCGACGCCACUUCCUCUGUUUACUUCCUUCUAAACACAGUCUCCUCCUGUCAGACAGCCAGUCGGCAAGGGACCGUUGGACGGUUGAGACGCACAAUGGGGAGACGACAGUCGCUUUAAACUUUUGACUCGAAGAAUUCGGCAAGGUGAGCAGCACAAGUCAAGCAGCAAGAUGGAUUACAAAUAUGGUAACGGAGUAGAACUGCUGUUGGCUCACAUGAACAUAGAAGACAUCAUCAACGCUGCAGAGACUCUGUAUCAACUUGAGGAAGAGGAGGAAGGAGGCUUGUCAUUCGAAGAGGAAGGUCUUUCCCAGGAGGAGAUGGACGAGAACGAGGAGGCGGGGGACUCGGUGGACUUGGGGAGUCAGCAGAAGGACUACGCCGAUGGGGUUGGUGGUGUUCGGUACGGGGCGGUGACAGACCUCCUGUCCUUUGUCAACCAGCUCUCCAACCAGCCAGCAGCCCUGCAGCACCUGACGGAGGAGACGGGUGUUCUGCUGAACAAGAAGGCCAUGGCUGUGAAAAAAGGCCGCUACCAGAUCAACAUGGAUGUGCUCCUGUUUCCAUGGAAAUUGACCUACAAGGAUCACGGCUCUAGCCUUGUGCCCAAGGGCUCAUUUGGGAAAGUCCACUUGGCUCAGGACACCACCACCAGAAAGAGAAUGGCUUGCAAACUGAUCCCCAUGGAGCACUUUAAAGCAGCCGAUGUGGAGUUCCAGGCCCGGUUCCGCCACGAGAACAUCGCCGAGCUUUACGGCGCUGUGCUCUGGGACCAGAGCGUUCACCUGUUCAUGGAGGCCGGAGAGGGCGGCUCGGUCCUGGAGAAGCUGGACAGCUGUGGGCCCAUGAGGGAGUUUGAGAUCAUCUGGGUGACCCAGCAAGUCCUGCGGGGCUUGGAGUACCUGCACUCACACAACGUCAUCCAUCAUGACAUCAAACCCAGUAACAUUGUCCUGAUGUCAGACAAGGCAGUGUUGGUGGACUUUGGCCUGACGGUGCAGAUGACAGAGGAUAUAUACAUUCCCAGCGACUUUAGAGGAACAGAGAUGUAUAUGAGUCCAGAGGUGGUUCUGUGUCGAGGACAUAACACCAAGACAGACAUCUACAGCCUGGGUACUACGAUCAUUCACAUGCAGACUGGAAGCCCUCCAUGGGUCCAGAGAUACCCACGCACUGCAUACCCUUCCUACCUCUACAUUAUCCAUAAGCAAGCCCCCCCUCUUGAGGACAUAGCUGAUGACUGCAGCCCGGCCAUGCGCUCCUUCCUGGAAAGAGCCCUGGAGAAGAACCCUGCCCUGCGGAGCUCGGCGUCCGAGCUGCUGAAGGACGAGGCCAUCAACCCACCUAGGGAGGAUCAACCACGCUGCUGGAGCCUCGACUCAGCCCUGGAGGAAGCCACACACACAAUGUUACGGCAGCAGAGCCAGCACCAUGACACCACACAGGAAUCUUCUCUGUACUCUGAGGACUCUGGCCACAUGAGGAGGAAGGGCUCCUUGUAUAUUGACCUAGGGGCCUUGUCAGGUUACUGUAAACUGGUGACAGGGCCCCCCACCUCAGAAUAUGGCUAGCACCGGACCACAGCUCACCAUUUAUGUGGCUGAAUUUUAGUCAAAGCCUACUGAUAUUUGACUUUUUAGCCUUUUUUUGACAUAUGGCUUUCACGUUGGAGGACUGAGGAAUACUUCAGACAGGUGGACAGCUGCAGGCGACAUGGCUCAUUAACGAACUGCUAUUGUUUACAAGACUUCAAGAUGACUUGAAAUGAAUGGAAUUAGCUCAACCUUGUUGCUGAAAUGGGCUGAUGUGACUCAACAACACUGCAGGACAGUGGUUGGAAGAGAUUGGUAUUGUGUAUCAUUAUGCAUUAACUGCCAGCUAUUGGUUAAAUUUCCCAGACCUCCCUACGUUAUUCUAGUACAUGCUAUAUUUCAGUGUGGUAGUUAACACAGUAAUCAAAUGAAAGCUAUUUUUUUUAAUGAAACUAUGUCUAAUAGUCUUAAAAAAGAAAUUAUGCAUCACCAAAAAUAUGUAAGCUAUCUGUUAAAGUAUGCGUGCAUGCAAACAUGUAUAUGUAGUUCUUUAUGGACUGUGGGUAAAUUCCUGUGGAAUAUUAAUACAUCACGAUGCUAUGCAAAUGACACUGCUGUGGAAUGCAUGCGAUAUCUAAUUGAAAAUGUGUCAUUAUGAAAUAUGCAAUAAAAUGAAAAUACCAUUA